AUGUUAAGAGGUCGGGUAUGCUGGGAUUCGCGAAGAGCAGCACCUUACGAUGUUCAUUACCAAUCGGAUCCUGACGUAUCAGUAGGUACCAGAGGAGAUCGCUAUGAUCGUUACUGUAUCCGUAUUGAAGAGAUGCGACAAAGUCUGCGGAUAAUUUUCCAAUGUCCUAAUAAAAUGCCUAGUGGCAUGAUCAAAGCCGAUGAUCCCGUUUCUUUUCCCGUCCCCCCGCCCCGGCAUAGCGCUUCGCUUCCGGUUCUUCGGAAGAAUCAACUAACUUCUCCCUUCUUCAUUGAUCUGGGGGAAAAGGAACCGUCUACCAGUUGGCAAGCUAGACAUCAAGUAAACGGCUUGAUGAGGAUAACUAAGCUGACACGCCGGAGUUGGCUGCUGGCACAACAGGGUGGUGCCUUACCGCACCGCAGGCGAACGCGCGGUAGCGUUCGUGGUGGUGCUUCAGGAUUCCAAUGUAGUGCGUCCAAGAUCAGAACGAGCUUGCCGGCGGACCACUGCCGUCCCAUUCUUGAGUGA